AUGACAACUAUCUUCGUAACAGGAGCAACUGGCUACAUUGCAAAACACAUCAUCAAGCUCGCACUUCAAAAGGGCUACAAGGUGAUUGGAACGGUGAGAACCUCGGCCAAAGGAGAAGAAGUCAAAAAGUUGUUCAACAAUCCUAAUUUUGAGUAUGAGGUUGUGGAGUUUCUCGAGAAACCAGGAGCUUUCGACAAUGCUUUAAAGGCACAUCCUGAAGCAAUUGGUUUCCUUCACACUGCUUCGUCGGUGAUAAUGAACCCACUGGACCCAGAAAAAGAGUCGUUGAUUCCAGCUGUUGACGGUACUAAAAAUGCCAUUCGUGCAGUUCAUGACCAUGGUCUUAACGUGAAACACUUUGUUUUAACGUCUUCCUACGUUGCCAAUGUCAACUUUGCAGAUCCACAAAGUACAACUACCGAAGACACCUGGAAUAAUUUGAGCUGGAAAGAUGCAAUUGCUAACCCUAGUGUUGCGUAUCCUGUGUCCAAGACGUACGCUGAAAAGGCAGCGUGGGAGUUUGUUGAAAUGGAAAAGCCAACAUUCAGCUUAACAUGUGUGAAUCCUUCUUAUGUCCUUGGACCACAAGCGUACGACGAAGAUGCGAAAGGAACGCUCAACAUGACCGCUGAAUUUAUUGCCGGGCUCUUGAAGUUGAAACAAGGUGAUAGGAUCCCACAAACGGCAGGCCCAGCCGUUGAUGUGAGAGACGUAGCCAAGGCUCAUUUGGAUGUACUCGAGAAUGAAAAAUUAGCAGGAAGCAGAUUACUUUUGGCAGAAUAUUUCUUCUCUCAGCAAUUGGCGUUGAACGUGAUAAACAAGAACUUUUCUGAACUUCAUCUCCCUGUCGGAGAUCCAGACUCAGCAUUUAAUGGAAAAGAUGAAGGGAUCGGCAGAUACAAUAACUCAAAGACCAAAGACCUUCUUGGAUUUGAUUUUGUUAGUUUUGAAACUUCUGUUUCUGAUUUGGUGAAACAGUACUUGGAGAAUAGUCAUUGA